CCGCGGAUGACGCACUUUCCAUCCGAGCGGAUGGACUGUGUGUCGGAGCACUGUCGGACGCCCCUUUGUCCCGGCGCGCAUUUAUGGGACGGUCACACGUGCAGGACAAAAAAGCUCACAACCGGCAAACCUGUAUUUAAGGCCAGCCGGUUUCUCCAGUGAGCUCCCAAGACCGUGAAAAUCAGCACUCCCACAAUCCCACUAUCUGCACCUCCCAAUGUGCUGUCCAGUCACCCUAAUCGCUCCGCCAUCCAGACGCACGCGACUUUACCCUCGCCGGCCAGGCCUGCUCUGAUGCGCAGACUGGGCCGACGGCACGCGACCCGCAGUGCUCGCACUGUGGAUGGAGGGGAGGCCACUCCCCGCAAUGUCCAUUCAACCCGGCCACGUGUGGCUGAUGUCAUCGCGACGCGAAAGCUUCAUUUACCGCCUGCCGCCCAUAUCCGAGAACUGGAGUUUAAUGUUAGUGUUAAUACCCGACGACUGUAUGAUAGCCAUGAACAAUGUACUGCUCUGCUCUCCCGUGCUUCACCGAAUGAUCGCAUUCAUUCAAAA